CGGGGCGGGCGGCGGCUCCUCGGCGGCUCGGCGGCGGGGCCGGGCCGCGGGCCACCAUGCUGGGCCUGGACGCGUGUGAGCUGGGGGCGCAGCUGCUGGAGCUGCUCCGGCUGGCGCUGUGCGCCCGAGUCCUCCUGACUGACAAGGAGAAGGGGCAGCUGCCGCCAGAUGAGGUGCUGGAUGAGGCCGUGCCGGAGUACCGGGCCCCGGGGAGGAAGAGCCUCCUGGAGAUCCAGCAGCUGGACCCGGACGACGAGAGCCUGGUCAAGUACAAGCGGGUGCUGCUGGGGCCUGAGCCGCCUGUCGUGGACCCAAGCCUGCCCAACGUGCAGGUGACCAGCCUGACACUGAUGUCUGAGCAGGCCCCAGGGCCCAUCACCAUGGACCUCACAGGGGAGUUGGCUGCGCUGAAAAACCAGGUGUUUGUCCUGAAGGAGGGUGUUGAUUACAAAGUGAAGAUUACCUUCAAGGUCAAUAAGGAGAUCGUCAGUGGCCUCAAGUGUCUGCAUCACACCUACCGCCAGGGCCUGCGAGUGGACAAAGCCGUCUACAUGGUGGGCAGCUAUGGUCCGAGCGCCCAGGAGUACGAGUUUGUGACUCCGUUGGAGGAGGCGCCCCGGGGCGCGCUGGUGCGGGGUGCCUACGUGGUCACGUCCUUCUUCACCGAUGACGACAGGACCCCCCACCUGUCCUGGGAGUGGGGCCUCCACAUCUGCCAGGACUGGGAGAGCUGAGCGCCCCCUGCCCCAGGGCUGUGUUCCCACUUGCAGUCCUGGUCUCCCCCACCUCUGUCAGUCGCUGCAAGGGACCCCUGACCAUUCCCCGGCCCCCUCAGUGGCCAGACCCCCCUGCCCUCUGUCCUGUCCCGGGAUGCCCCCUCCCCAGGCCUGGCACUGUGCCCUGAACAGUCCUAUUAAACGUUGCUCUGUCUCGG